GAGGAGGAAGGAUCCCUCCCCCUCAGCAUCAGCCCCAGCCCCCUAGCCUGCUGUUGCUGCUGCUGCUGUUGCCUACUGCAGAACGUCAGUGGGAGAGAGGAGAGAAUAGAGGAGAGGCAGCACAGAGGAGAGGAUGGUGUGUUGAGAGAGCGUGACAGAGAACGAGAACGAGAGGGGUGGGGUGCCGAACGGACGGACGGAUGAACAUGCCCAGAGGGGAGAGUGUGGUCUUCCAGCGAUGACAGCCAUGCUGAGUCCCAAGAUUAGACAGACCAGGAGAGCCCGGUCCAAGAGCAUGGUGAUGGGAGAUGUGUCCCGGGGCCCAUGCCGCCCAUCCUCCCCCAGUCUCCAGGAGGGGGCUCUGAAGGCUGGCUGGCUGAAGAAACAGAGGAGCAUCAUGAAGAACUGGCAACUGAGAUGGUUUGUGCUGCGCUCCGACCAGCUUUUCUUCUACAAAGAGGAGGAGGAGACCAAGCCACAGGGCUGCAUACCCCUGCAGGGCUGUCAGGUGAAUGAGCUCACCGCCAACCCAGAAGAACCAGGGAGACAUCUUUUUGAAAUCGUUCCAGGUGGUCCAGGAGGAGAAAAGGACCGUGCUGCUAUCAGUCAUGAGGCCUUUCUACUCAUGGCCAACUCUCAGAGUGACAUGGAUGACUGGGUCAAGGCCAUACGACGGGUCAUCUGGGCACCCUUUGGAGGAGGGAUAUUUGGCCAGCGUUUACAAGACACAGUCCAGUAUGAGAAGAAAUUUGGCCACCGCCUGGCACCUCUUCUGGUGGAGCAAUGUGUGGACUUCAUAAGGGAACGAGGUCUGGAUGAGGAGGGUCUCUUUCGGAUGCCAGGGCAGGCUAACCUGGUAAAGGAUCUACAGGAAGCCUUUGACUGUGGGGAUAAGCCUCUGUUUGACAGUAACACUGACGUCCACACGGUGGCGUCCCUGCUGAAGCUCUACUUCCGUGAACUGCCUGAGCCUGUGGUCCCUUUCUCCAUGUAUGAGGACUUCCUCUCCUGUGCUCAGCUGCUGGCCAAAGACGUGGAGGAGGGUGUACAGGAGCUGGGCAAGCAAGUGAGCAAUCUUCCUCCCGCCAACUACAAUCUCCUGAAGUAUAUAUGCAUGUUUCUUGACGAGGUCCAGUCUCACGCAAACAAAAACAAGAUGAGUGUACAGAACCUGGCCACAGUUUUUGGACCAAAUAUCCUCCGGCCCAAAAUGGAGGACCCAGUGGCUAUUAUGGAAGGGACCUCCCUAGUCCAAAGCCUCAUGACCGUACUGAUCAGUGAACAUAACCGUCUGUACUCGGGGAGGGGGGAGUUGGAGGUCCCUGUUCCCCAGCCAGAGGUGACCCUCCAGGGCCAACAGCUCCAUCAGCACAGCAUCGGUGGCUGGAUCUCCGAGGAGGACCUCCAGAGCUGCCCCACCAACCCCAACGAGGACCUCACCUGCAGCAGCGCCUCUUCUCUGGACGCAAAGCUCUGCGCUGCCACCACCCCUCCACCCAGACUGGCUCCUUCAGGGAAGGGGGAGACGGUGGUCAGCCCCAGCAAGCAGACCAAGAACCCCUCCUGGAAGUACUCCUUCAAGGGUACCUCAACGCCGCGGCCCCCUCCUCAGGCCGACGUCACCACCGUGUCCCCCAGUGGCAACUGGCUGAUGAACGGGCUGUCCUCUCUGAGGAGCCACAGGCGCACCUCCUCGGGGGAGCGUGUCAGGGACUCCACCGGCUUUUCCCAGAGACUGUCCACUUACGACAACGUCACGUCUUCCUCCAGCAUGGGCAGUGUCCCUAGCGUAGCCAGCACGCCUUGGUCCACCUCAUCCUGUGACAUCUCCGCACCCGACUCAGGCAGCGAGCCCUCAGGGCCUAACUGUGGUAACGGGAAGGGUCUAGGGGAGUGCCAAUGGCAGGAGCUAGCCUCACCCCAGGGCCCGGGCCAGGGUCAGAGGGGAGGCCGGGAGGAGGAGAGAGUUGGAGAUAGGGUCUCAGAGCAGGAGCAGGACAGUAGUGAAGCCAUGGAGCUGUGUGUUAGCAGUGCAGGCUGCAGUGACAAUGGGAAUACCAUAGCCAAUAUGGUGGUGCCGUCCAUCGUGACGCCAGAAGACCUUGACAGAGGCUCCAAAGCACUUACCAGCCUGGUGGAGGGCCUGAAGGACGAGCUGAGGAAACAGAAGGUGGCCUAUGAGACCAGGAUCAAAAAGCUGGAGGAGUCCAGUGCGGCACUGGGUGCUCAGAUGGAGCGUCUGGAGCAGGAGAUGGAGCAGGAGAGGAAGAAGCAGCGGAUGCUGGAGAUCAAGCUCCGCAACUCAGAGCGUGCACGUCACGACGCAGAGAACAGGAACCGGCUCCUGGAGAAGGAAAUGGAGGACUUCUUCUCCACUCUGGGGGACCUGGCUCUGGGCUCAAGGACUAGCGACAUUUAAUAGCCCUGGUCAUAGACCUCUAUAGUCUCUUCCCACAGCCGAGUGCCAUGAGUCUGGCAAGCAAGACUGACAACUACAUGGACUCAGUGAAUAAUACUGCAUGUUGUCCAACGCAGGCAGCUGCGUCUCUCAAUGUUUCCUCAGGCCUCAAAGUGUGCCUAUAACUACCACGAGUAUCUAUCUGGAUGGAAUUCCAUGUCGUUUGGUGACAAAGCCUCGGUCCUUGGUUUACUCUGGUCAACUCUGUCAGUAUACCUUUAAUGUAAAGCAAAGGGUUUCAACUGCUAUCAUUAUGACUAUACAAUAAUCCCUGCUGUGUUAAUCAUAUGCUGCCUACUACAGUACACAAUAUGCAAAUACAACAUUACCAAAGCUGGACUCUGCUAAGGACCAGGGUUGAAGCUGCCAUGUCGGUUUGGGGCACAUGAAGCUGACCACUGCCCUCAAAGAAACAAUGAAGAAGUGUGCUGGCUGUGCCUUUGCGGUCUUUUUGAA